GGAUAACCAAGUCAGCUACUUUCUUCUUCGUCUCCACUCCCCUCCACCUGCACGUCAGCUUUAUUCACCGAUCUUGCUCGACUACCUGUUGACUAGCCACUUCCAGCAUGGACGAGAAGAAAGCCAUGAAGCCGGCCAUCGUUCUGUACCCCGGCGCCGGCUGGGUCGGCCACGUCCUCCCGAUGACAGAGCUCGCCAAGGCCUUCGUCAACCACGGCUACCACGUCACCAUGGUGCUCAUCCAGUCGUCCGAUUUUGGGGAUGCCAGCGACGUUGUCCGGCGCGUCGCUGCCUCCAACCCGUCCAUCUCCGUCCGCGUCCUCUCGCCGGUCCCGUCGCCCGGCUUCUCCAGCUCCGCCGCCGGCAAGACUAUUAACCCUCUGCUCCACAUGCUCCAGCUGCUGCGCCGGUACAACAGGGAGCUCGAGCGCUUCCUCCGCUCCAUCCCGCGGCAAAGCCUGCGCUGCCUCGUCGUAGACAUGUUCUGCGUUGACGCCAUCGACGUCGCGGCGAGGGUGGGCGUCCCGGCGUACACGUUCUUCGCCUCGUGCGCCUCGGCGCUGGCCGUCUUGACCCAGGUCCCGGCGCUGCUCGCCGGUAGGCAAACGGGCUUGAAGGAGCUGGGGGACGCGCCGCUCGAGUUCCUCGGCGUCCCGCUGGUGCCGGCGUCGCAUCUCAUCAGGGGCCUGCUCGAGCACCCGGACGACGAGCGGUGCAGGGCCAUGGCGGACGUCUGGACGCGCUGCACGAGCACUAGGGGCCUCCUGGUGAACACGUUCGAGUCGUUGGAGAGCCGCGCGGCGCGGGCGCUCAGGGACCCCCGGUGCGUUCCCGGCCGUGUGCUGCCGCCAAUCUAUUGCGUCGGGCCGUUGGUUCGCGACGGCGCGAUGGGUCAGGGCAACGCGGAGAGGCACGAGUGCCUUGCGUGGCUCGACGUGCAGCCGGAGUGCAGCGUCGUGUUCCUCAGCUUCGGGAGCAAGGGCUCGCACCCGGUGGAGCAGCUAAAGGAGAUCGCCGAUGGCCUGGACAAGUCCGGGCACCGGUUCCUCUGGGUCGUGCGCACGCCGCCAGCUGGCAGCGAUGAACCGAACAGGCCCUCGGAGCAACGCCAUGAACCGGACCUCGACGCGCUCCUACCAUAUGGGUUCUUGCAGCGGACCAUGAACCGGGGCUUCGUCGUCAAGUCGUGGGCGCCGCAGGUGUGCGUACUCCACCACCCGGCUACCGGAGCGUUCGUGACACACUGCGGGUGGAACUCGACAUUGGAGAGCAUCACGGCGGGGGUGCCGAUGCUGUGCUGGCCGCUGCACGCGGAGCAGAAGAUGAACAAGGUAUUCAUGACAGAGGACAUGGGCGUCGCGGUGGAGAUGGAGGGGUACAUGACAGGUUUCGUCAGCGCCGAAGAGGUGGAGGCGAAGGUGCGUCUGGUGAUGGAGUCCGAAGAGGGGAGAGAGCUCAGGGCGCGAGCGGUGGCGCGCAGGAAAGAAGCACGGGCGGCGUUGGAUGACGGAGGCUCGUCGCAGGCGGCGUUUGUUCGGUUCUUGUCGGACGUGGAGAAUCUUUUUCAGGGCAGCUUGCCGAGUGACGAAUUCUGUAAAUGCUCUUCGCGUCUUUGUUGAUUUCGUUCUCCGACUUCCCAUCAAUCCUCGUGUCCUGCUUCCAUGUGUAAACUCUGCGCUUUGUGUCUGAGAACCAUCAAAGAACAGGUAGAUGACGAAUUCGAGUUCAGCAUUUCAAAGAUUUCAUCUAAGUCCCGCUUCCCAGAUGCAUUUGAGAAGGAAUCUGGACCUCUGCGCCUGCUGCCCGCCGCUGCGAAUUCCCGCUGCCCGCCGUCCUCUCAAUGUCGUAGCGAUUUCUUCCUUCCGUCGCCCAGCUCGCAAGCAUCUAGGCACCCGCGCCAUCCCCCUCGCGUGCGAGCUCGCCGCCAUCCCGGAGGUCCCCCCUGCGCAGUUGGAUUCACGCGUGCCAGCUCGCCGCCAUUCCGUCCGACGUUGUUCAAGCGAGCGAUGCGUCGGUUCAGCGUGGCGUAGUGGACCUACUCUUUCCCGCUGACGAUGCUGGCAUUGGCGGCGGCGGAGUACGUGCUGGUGCUGGCGCUCACCGUGUUGUCCAUGGUCGUCACCCUCGUGCUUAUGGUCUUCACUGUCCUGUGCACCGGCGACCUGAUGUCCGUGACCCAUCAGGACGACGGCCGGAGUUGGGGGUGGUGGUCGGAAAGAAUGGAGACGGCGACCGAGGGAACGAGUCGGGCACAAGAA